AGCGCACAGCACAGCCAGGCGCUGCAGGCGGCGCAGCCCCGCCGGUCGAUCGCCCUUUCCCGGUUCCGGUCCCGCACCCGGCCCCGCUCCCCCGCCGCCCCCGCCGCCGCAGCCCCCAGCCAGGAUGCCGGCGGGCAGCGCGUCCGGGCUAUGAGCGCUGCCAGCCCGGAGCUUCGCCACCCCUCCGGCAGCCCACAGCAGGAGCACCGCGCUGCGGGUCACCUUGCAGGGAGGAAAAUGGGAGCCACCGCCCCAGUGUGAACUGUCUCUAAGGUACAACAAAAUAAAGGCCACCUGUCCCACUGCCUCAGAUACCUCCUAGUAUGGAUGGCUUGGUUGAUCAGAAAAGUGUCCUAAUGCACAAUAAGAUGACUGAAGCUGGUAAAAGGAAUGGUUUAAUUAAUACAAGGAACUUAAUGGCAGAGAGUGGAGAUGGUCUGGUCUCUGUGUACCCAACCCCACAGAAACGGAAUCACCUAGCAGGAAGCCUGUCCUCUCCAAGCUACCUGGAGAAGGGCAGGAAUGACCCUGUGCAUCAGCUCCUGGACCCCAACAUGCUGCAGCAGACAGUGGAGUCUCACUACCGGCCCAACAUCAUCCUUUACUCUGAGAAUGUGCUGCGCUCAUGGGGCGAGAGCAUUGGCUCGGAGUGCUGUGAAACUACCUUCAUCGAGGACCACUCUCCCACCAAAGACAGCCUGGAGUACCCAGACAGCAAGUUCAUCGAUCUGUCAGCAGAUGACAUCAAGAUUCACACCCUCUCCUAUGAUGUUGAGGAAGAGGAGGAUUUCCAGGAGCUAGAGAGUGAUUACUCAAGUGACACCGAAAGUGAAGACAAUUUCCUGAUGAUGCCACCAAGAGAUCAUCUUGGCCUCACUGUGUUCUCCAUGCUCUGCUGCUUCUGGCCACUGGGAAUUGCUGCCUUUUAUCUGUCUCAUGAGACAAACAAAGCAGUAGCCAAGGGGGACUUCCACCAUGCAAGUUCCAGCUCCCGGCGAGCACUCUUCCUGGCUGUCCUGUCCAUCACAAUUGGAACUGGCAUUUACGUUGGGGUGGCCGUGGCUCUUAUUGCCUAUCUGUCCAAAAACAAUCAUUUAUGAGCCUCAGGAAAGGGGAGAGAACCAGCCACCCGGCACCUGAACUGCAGAAAUCCCCAGCAGAUCAGACUGCAUUAUGUUCCAAAAAGGUCAAGAGGCAAACCACCUUCUGGGGGCAGGUACAAGAUGAGACGGGCUUGUGCGUUACUGUAGGGUGGGAAGCUGUCUGGGCUUGGCCUAGUUCCACCAUUUGUGAUGCACAAGUCUUGCUUCUCUUCAUGAACCCCUGUACAAGAAAGAAGGAAAGAAUGAAAGAGUAAAAGAGAGAAAAAGAAAGAAAAAUAAAGAAAGAAAAAAAUAAAAAAUAAAAGGAAGGAAGCUGGGGGAGGUGUGGAGAGGGGUGUUUUGCCUUUGCCUUCUUUGCAAUACAGCAUUUGCAAGCAGCUGGCAAACUGAGCUGUUCUCUUAAUACCUUCUUGGUGACCUGAACUUUGCAGCCACCAUGAGCUUGUCCUUUGCUUGUUAAGCACGGCACUGAGAUGUGGGAAAGCAUGGACAGUGGCUGGUUCUAUGAAAGAGCAUUAUAACAACAGGAGGAAGACUAUGGCUUUUUCUGUGUUUUGAAUGCAGGACUCCUUUGCCUAUGAAUGAAGCAAACACCUCAGCAUAGAGUGGUAUUUGGGGGGUAGGUUUCCAUGGGAGGAGAAAAGGAAAUAAAAAUUAUAUUUCUUUCCUUCUGUUCUUUAUGGAUUAAGGUGUGACCCACAGGUCCACUCAGUAAAGAACUGGUGACGUUACUGCAUGAUUUGGCUCCACAGACUGAGUGCAAGGUUGAAGAACAUGAGAUCUGUUGUAAAAUUAAUUCCUCCAUCGAGUCACAUUGUGAUAGCAGCAUUUUCCUGUGGCAUAUUGCUCAUUUGGGUUUCUCUGCCUUACUGUGGAGACCUGCACAGCAGUCAGUGCAAGAAACUUGGGGGAAAAAAUGUAAACUGAAGUACUAAUAAAUUUUUUAAUUAAAAAUCAUACUAAAGUGUGGAAAUUAACCAGAAGAAGGAAUGCUUCAUAUACUUCCAAGGUCCUACUCAUACACAGAGCAGUGUAGGAGACCAUUCAGAGUUCACAGCUCGUCUGUGGACCAGGGACACUGCAUAGCCAUGUCCAGGACAAACCUGUCCUUCGAUAAAGCAGAGCAGUGGUACACUGUAGGGGCGCUGUCUUUACUUCACUGACUGAAAUGAUAUAUUUAUUUUCUUGUUUACUCCCUCCCCACAAUCAACUUUUAUUUUGUCUCACAGAAGUACCGUUUUAUCCCACCGAGGGUGUAUCAGCAUAGAUACGUAUGUAGCUACAUAGGAGGAAAACCGAUCAAAUCAGUAACCACUUUAUUACUCCCUGUGUUUCACAGACAUAAUUUCUUUACCCAUGAAUUUCAUCAAAGACCUUUUCCUGCAAGUCAGUAUUGUGUGUCAUCUUUGCUCUGGGACAGGUUUUUUUCUCCUGUUUUGGGGUUGGUAUUAUUUUGGUUUUAAUUUGACCUACUUAAGUGGGAGGAGAACAAACACAUCCAAACAUAUUUUUCUGGUAGUUUAUUAAAACACAUGGAAUACAGCUACUGUUGCUCUGAGUGACACUUACUUUGGGUGGAUGUGAAGCAUUAGACAAGAGUGUACCAGUAACCCAAGCUCAGCUAGGUGGAGAGGUACUCUGUUCCUCUGAGUACCAACCUGAAAGGACGUUGUAGUCAGGUGGGUAUCAGUCUCUUUUCCCAGGCAACCAACAAUAGGACAAGAGGACACAGUCUUAAGCUGCACCCAGGGGAGGUUAAGGUUAGACAUUAGGAAGAAGUUCUUCACAGAAAGAGUGAUUGGGCAGUGGAAUAGGCUGGCCAGAGAGGUGGUGGAGUCACUGUUCCUGGAGGUGUUCAAGAAAAGACUGGUUGUGACACUUAGUGCCAUGGUCUAGUUGACAAGGAGGUGUUAGGUCAUAGGUUGGACCUAAUGAUCUCAGAGGUCUUUUCCAACCUAGAUGAUUCUGUGAUUCUGUACCAAUAUGGACCAACUCAUACUGUACCUGGACCCAAAAACCUGUUGCAGAACUGACAGUUCUUUUGCAUUGAAUUCAAAGAACCGUGAAAUUAUUUGAGUUGGAAGGGAUCUUAAAGAUCAUUUAGUUCCAAUCUCUUGCCAUGGGCAUGGAUGCCACCCUCACUGGGUGGCAAAUUGUUCGGCUUCAAGGCUAAGCCUGGAGAGUGGCAAUGUACUCCUAGUCAUCUUCAUACGUCUUCAGCCACUGCUAAAGCUGAGGUCCCAGCAGAUGCAGUUUUUGGCUGCAUCGCCCUAUUAAGGUGAAGUCAGUUCUCUGGCUUGUCCCCUUCAAUCUUGUUUUUAGCAAGUGCCAUGGAAAAAUCCUCCCUUUGAAGCAAGGGAGUAGUGAGAGGGCAAGUUAGAGUCCCCACUCCAUAUUUGCUCCAGUGGGCAAUGAGAGAAAACCUUGUCUGAGGCCAGGAAUGCCCUUACCCAACAAGCAGGAAAGGACUGAAAAUAGUAAUUAUUUAUUUCACUUAAAUGAAGAGUUUACCAUCUGGGUACUUUCCUAUUAAUUUUCCAUCUGAAAUAAGCACAAAGACUGGAGGGGAAAUGUAGAGCAGCAGCAGCAUGAGGCACAUCACCCUCAGCUGCACUCCUAGCAGUACUGUUAUGACUGUCUCAUAAUUUGGGCAAGGGAACACAUUUUGAUUAGAACUUGGCUUUCACCAUGGGUUCCUGUGCUUUGUCCUUGGCACACAGGUCAGCACAAAAAGACCCCACACAGCCAAGGAAGUGGACUGCCAUGUGUGACAUGCUCUUCCCUUAUGCAUGUGUAUUAUGCAUGAUCUAUGGGAAAUUCAGUCUUUCUCUCAAAGGCUGAACUUUGCAGCACAUGAAUUAAAAAACCUCAGAUUAUUCAUUUAAAAGGAAAGGAGCUAAUAUUUCCUAGCCUUAAUCUGCUUUUAACCUGGAGUUCAAAAAAAAUUAGCAAAUACAGAUACAGGCUCAGAAAUAUUAAAAAUGUCAUUUUGAAACAAAUCUUGUGGUUGAAGAGUCUGCCUUAUAAUUUUUGAUGAUGAUGGUGCAGUCUGAAUAUUGACCUGAGAGGUAAAAGCCAACUCUGGAGCUAGAAGAAACUCUCCCAGAUGGGCAGCCUUAAAAAUACUGUAGAGGUCCUUGCAUCCAGCCUUAAAAAUAGCAUCCCAAACUGGGAACUGACAGCUUCCAUGUCUCCAGGAACCUCCAACAGGCAGUAAACAGGAACAGCACUGUGUGGAAGAUCUACAUAGCAAAAGCGCUCCUGAAAGCAUCACCAGGCUGAAAGUCGAUGCCUUGUGCUGCACAUGCUGGAGCAACCCACUGGGUGAAAGGGAGCUGGCACUUGGCAUGGCAAUCCAGGGGGCUGAAGAAAGCUAAAGGGGGCUUGCAUCCUGGGAAGAUGGACCUGGGCCUUAUGGCAUUGGGGAUGAAGUUCCCAUGGAUAGCUUUUGUGCCUUAGUAUAUGUCCAGUUUGCUGAUUAUCUGCAGCACGGUUAUUUACUGAGGACUGUGAGUCAGUGAGGAGUUGAAGAGCGACCUGUGUCUUGCUAAGAUAAGUGAUGUUGGCAUGGCCUGCUGCAGCAUCUCUGCUGGCAGAACAGAUACAAUCCUCCGAAAAUCCAAAUGCUCUAAGUCUAUGGCAUGAAGACUAGAAAGUGCCAGUGAUGACAGUGGUACAUCUGAGCUUCUGCUGAGCAAGUACUUCUAGAAGCUGGGUGCAACAGGUCUGCUUCUCAGUGUCAGGAAGGUUCUGAUGAAGAAAGGAGUAAUUUGAAGGAGAUACUGCAGAGGAAGUAUUUGACGUGAUGUUAGCUCAGGCUUUGGAAUUGCCAAAUGCAAUGUGAUAUGGCUGAAACAAAGGAACAGCCUUUGAACAGGGGUAGUUGCUCUCACUGAGGCGGCAGCAGUGUACUCCAUGUGGCAUUUCUCGCAUGGUCCUUGCAGAGGAGCAAGAAGGACCACAUGCAAAGAAUCACAUGCAAUUAGCUCAUGCUGUCUCACAUCUUAUAAGAAGAUGCAUUUGCCUUGAGGAUUUUCUUCCUGCAGGAGUAUCUUCUGCUCAGUCUACAGUGAGCUAUGAGGAGCUGAUACAGCCUUUCAGCUGCUGCCUUUUUAAACGUUGGUUCUCAAAACACUGUUCAUAUCACCUCAACGCACCGAACCUAGGAGGCAGCUAUAAACGGUCACCUAUCUGAGACACUGAAGCACCCUGUUGCAGAGACAGGCUUUGGCAUCCAUCUUUCCUUUACCUGAGCACCUGAAACAAAUUUUCUUGUACCUUUGUGGUGUGUUCUGGGCCAGCAGUCUCAGGUCAGCACACUGUGGGACCAUUGCAGCAGAGAUAGGAUUUGAUCCUCACAGAGCUGGAGGAGCAGGGCAGGCGACCUUGCAAAGAAUGUGCAUAUUCACACACACAUAAGGAACAUCAAAUAUUUUCGGGGUUGCCUGUGUAUUGGGCCUCUCUGAAGAGAGAGAGGCUUAGCCCAAUUUUGGGUGUGCUUUAUGUCUCACUGUCUUCAGAGAUGCCCCUGGAAAAUGACAGCUGUGGACAUAAAUUUUGCUACUACAUACCAGUGUUUCUUUCUGCAUCAACUUGGGAGAUGUGUAAGGUCCUGUCCAGGUAGAAAGAGCAGAGAGAAACAUGAUAAGGGCUCUCAAAAGAUAUGCAAGAACAAGAGGAACAGCAAGAACCAAAGGUAAAAGUGGUACCUUGGGCUGUCUAUGACUUUGAUGUUUAUGAAAACCAUAGGCUGGCAAAUUAAGGAAACAGCUUUUUAAACACACAUAGGGAGAUUCCUAGACUUUCUCAACAGCAGAAGGGAGGACAGUCUAUGUGUAAAUGAAAUCAAAAGUCAAGGUUUUUUAAGCUCUAAGACUUGGUAGAGAUGUAAGAUUUGUGUCUUCUUAUUCACAGAGAACAGUUGUGUGACCCACUGCAGCUGAAACUACGCCAUCAGCUUUGAUUUCUGAGUACCAGCUCCAAAACACCACAGGCUAUGGGCUGACAAACAGUCCAAUGGUUCAGACAUAUGAAAAAAAAUAUCUGUCACAUUAUCUUUCCAUAUAUUCUCUGUGUCAGAGCAGGUCCCACCUAUAAAUUGGGCAUGAUAAAUUUGGCAUGAACUUCCUAUUGUGCACUCAGGCAAAUUUUGCAGAAAGACCAGUAUAUGUAUCUGCCUUGUCCAGAUGAUGUUUUUAUUUCUGAGUGAUGCCACAAUAUACAAAUCUGUAUGAACUGGGAAAUCAUUCAGAUAGAGGAAUAUCUUCAUAACUUGUUAUAACAAUUAGUCCUGUUGUUUAGAGGCGCACCAUUCAAGAUUGCUGGAGCCCCUGGUGGUCUAGUGGUAAAGGCGCGGCGCUAUCACCGCCGAGACCCGGGUUCGAUUCCCGGUCAGGGCCACUCCCGGGCAGGUGGAGCUCGUUAGCCUUAAAGGCAACCCACCUACGUCCUAAGGACCUCGCUGCCGCUGUCCAAGUUCGCUUGGCCCCGGCAGAUGAACCUUAGGAUUAAAGGGUGGGCUCAGUUCCGCGCACACUGUGUCUCACCUAAAAAAAUCCAGUGCGUAGGCUGGAAGGUGUAAAGACCUUCCCCGGAUCUUUGCUCGCGAAGACUGGCCAUUAUUAUUAUUUAUUAUUCAAGAUUGCUAUGAAAUUGUUGAGCUAAGAAAGCACUCAAACACAGCAUAGACAAACAUUAUUCUUUGUUGGCAGCUUCUUGCUGAUAGUUAUUCUCUGUUUGAAAUCCCUCCUUUCAGAAGGGAAGGGUUGUGAGACCAGGGAGGAGAGACAGGGAUCCUACCUCUGCUGUGAAUAGGAAGAAAUAAGGAGGAAGUAUAGACAGGUAGAUAUAGACCUUUGAAAUCUUACUUCUCUGUAGAGAGACACCAAGAGAAUUGCUCUGAGUGCUUUCCUUUUUCAAAACAGUUUUUUGAAACUGAGUUAACACACCUGCCAUUCAGUUCAGUUUGAACUUGCCCCUAAAGUUACCUGUUAUUCAGAAGCCAUUGCUCCUUCUGUGCUCUCUCUCUGCUUAAUGGCAACUUUAUUUCAAAUAAACAUAAUUUUUUAGGUAGCAGAGUCCUCUACCCUUCUGUGUUUGGAUACAGGGAGAUCCUGUUUAGUUUACAAUAGAGCUCUGUUAUCCCAGAAGGAGGAGAGAAACCAAUCUCCCAUAAACUACAUUUUUGUAGUAGUUUUACAUUAUUGCCUUUUCUGAAGAGAGACUUUUAUGCCACAUUGGCUCAAUUAGGAGGUGUUAAACAAAUGGCACUGGCAUCUUUAACCAGAUGACAAGUUGUAGUGAUAGCUAAGAUUUACGACAAUGAAAAAUACCAAGUUGUAAAUUCCAGGGACCGAUGGCUCGAACUUAACGUAUAAUGUAGGAUGUCUUUGGGAAUUGGUUGUCAGUUGAGUUUGGGCUGGGCAGGGGCUGUGGAGGGUGCCCAAGCCCCAGGUGGAUGCAGGGACUCCUUACAUGUGUGCCUGCCCUGCCCAGGGGUAUGCUGGGAUCGCUCCUGUUCGGGCAUUGUUGCAGUGAGGGUGGGAUGUGAUGGACUUGGCUAGCCUGUGGCUUCUGCCCAGGAACAGUUUGUUUUGGAAUUAUAGCAUCUUGGAGGGGUGUUAAGGGCAAGGAAAUGUCCCUGGGUUAGAGUGUAGGAAGCUGUGAGGGAAAAGUAGGGAGAGAAGGGCUUGUGAAAACUAUUUCAGUGGGGAGAGGCCUGUAUGCCCUUAUGAGGUUGCGAGCUGUGCUGGUGGUGGCAUAUGCCUCCAGUAGAGUCUCCCAUACCAGACAGGUCAAAACUCAAGGGUCAGAUAAAUGUGUCCAUGGGCAGGAUGAGCUCACUAGCCUUCCAGCAGUCAUCCUAGGAGAAGGACAACUCUAAUUUCAAACCCAGGUAGAUGGAGCUCAUUUAGCCCUGUAAGGCCAUCCAACCAAGAGAAGGAUACUCUAAUUAAACCUAUGUCCUGAGGACUUCACUGUCACCUUCUGAGCUUGCUAGGCCCUGGCAGAUGAACCUCAGGAGUAAAGAGUGGGACCAGUUCUGCGCAUGCUGAGCCUCAUCUAAAAAAUCCACUGCACAGGUUCGAAGGUUAUACCCACAUUGGGAAUUAACCUCAAAAGAUGCGUGGGGAGUGCUAGAGAAUCAGAGAGGAAAUUAAAAAAAAAAAUCCCUUUUUGUGAAAGUCUCAGAGCUCAAGGGAACAGAGAGACAGCAAAUAAUGUGCUGGGUCAGACUAGUUACACAUUACAUAUGCUAUCUGACAGGAUUUCAUAACUCCCUGAUCCCUCCAUUGAUUCUUGGUGCCUUCAUUUGGGAAUUUUCCUAGCCCUGAGCAUUUUUUAUUGCUCUGUCAGUCUGAAAUGAAUUUGUCCCAUCUUCUCCACAACACCUACCAUAAAAUUAGUUUGCAAGAGCUCCCUGCUAAGGCAACAAGAGGCAUAUGCUCAAGCAUAGCUUGGGAGCAUCAUGGUUCACCAAGGCUGAAACAGCAGUAGCAGCAGCAACUACUUUCUCUGGACUGGCUGACACACACCCUUCACAGUUUGGGGAAUGCCAGCUGGUGGGCUGUAAAGGAAAUUCACAGGCAGCCAACAACUUAAUGCAAUUAAGUACCUAUAAACUACCCUGUAAGGAGUAGUGCAACAGAAGAGUUGUAUUAAAUCACUGCUCCGAGAGAAAGGGCACAAAGAGAGUGUGCACUCUGUAUCAAAGAAGACACACUCAGGCUGCUUCAUUUGUCUCAGAGUUGUUUACACUUGCCUGUUUAGCAAUGCAAGACCACAGGGUGUGUAUUUGCAGAAAACAUGCCCCUUAAAGAGGUUGUUAUGUGCAUGGUUUCUUCAGGGCAAGAUGCAGUCCAAUUAGGCAUCCUUGGCUUAGGUGACUUCAAAUCCAAGACAGAGGCAGAGACAGAUUACAAGAACAGUGUUAGUUUUCUCAGCUGAACCAACCUAGCCCUUUUCAGCACAUUGCACCAACUCUGCUUUCUGUAUCAGACCAACACAAAGGAUGCUCUGGUGCUGCUCACAGAUAGUGCAAUGCUGUGAUAGUGUGGUUCCUCAGGCAGUCUGGUCACCAUGCAGCACAGAACAGUGGUUUUCCUUCAGACAUCAUGGCAUGCAACUCAGUGUUCCAGGCACCAGGAUCAGGGAUCACAGCUGUGCCAAAGGAAUGAAAGCAGGACCUGCCUACAGUGUUGCAGUUUACGGUAGUAUGGUGAGCACAACAUGUUUCUAUUUACUGAUCAUGAGGCAGCUCUGGUGAUCCCACUACACACAGUUGUCAGAAGGUAGGUGCUACUCCUUCUUGCCAUCACGUUUCCUUCUUUGAACAUGUCCAAGUGUACUUAUAACAGGCUGCUCUAGCCAUUUCAGGGUACAGCUGUCAGUGCAAGGAAGCUGAGGCGUGGGAAAAGCUCUGUGAGAUAGAUUUUAUGGGGUGGGAGGUAGGAGAGAAUCUGUAAUUUACUACAAUCUAUGAUUGCACAUAGCCAGAGUGCGUUGUGCCUGGGGAGAAAGCUACCUUCUUUUAGCUGAUAACUCUUAUAGUGGGCUCCUUUACUGUGGUCAAAACCCUCCCUCUACAGACUUUCCUGACAAGUAACAAACUAUGCUUGUGCAAAGACAAAGCAUCUGAAGUGAUGUACCAGAUGCGUUACAGUAGCCCUCCCUUUCCAAAACAAGGUCAGGCAUUUGCAUACCUCUCAGAUUUAGUUAUUUCUUCAAGUCUUUCAGACUCAUGCUGUUUCUUAGUGUUAUAUAUGUACACAUAUAUGUGCAUACAUAUAUACAGGUAAAUGUACAUAUCCAUAUCUCAUGCAUAUGUACAUGUGAAACACUGAAGGGGAAAUCAGCUGACUUGUUCUCCAUCAAGGAGAAUGCUGCAAUGGAUUUCAACAAUAAAAAUAACUGAUAAAGAAUCACCUAAAAAAUGGACAACAGCCCUAAGCUUUGCUAUUUUCCUGCUAUAUGCUUUGAGUCAGCUGUUUGCUACUUUUUGCUCCCUGCCAUCCUUGCCCAAUGCAUAUUUUGCUCACACUGAGGCAAACUGGUGGUCAUGCAUGGAAGUGACAUGACAUCCUUAGCAGCGUGCUGCUCACUGUUUUACAGUGGAAAGGACCCAGCCCUAGGAAGGCGGGUCCAGCUUGUCCAUGGAUUUUCACUGUCUGUUUUGAUAAGCCUUCAGGGACUGGCAACCCGUCUAAUCGGUCUACCAGCUGACUGAAGUCAUCCUGUUGUCUGGUCUCCAUUCUGGCUGCCUGCUUGCUCAAUGCCCUGUGCUUCAGGACCGUAACCACCUUGGUGACCUCCACUGGACACAUUCCAGUUUGUUCCUCUCUCUCUUGUAGUGGGGAGACCCAGACUGGGUGAGAUCUCACCAGUCCCAAGUAGAGGAGACUAUAAUCACUAGUAGCACUAUAAUCACUCUAAUUACUCCCUCUCGCACUGCUCACUGCACUCUUUGCUUUUACAGCCAAGGUCUCCUGUGUUGCAGUCACGUGCUGAUUGCUGGUUAGCUACCUUACACACUUCACAAGAUGGGAUCAUUCUACCCCAGAGGCAUAACUUCACAUUUGCUUCUGUUGACCUUCCUGAUGUCUGUAUCAGUCCAUUUCCCCAGCCUGCCCAGGUCUCUCAGAAAGGCAGUUCUGCCCUCCAGGGUACCGCCUGCUUUCUCAGCCUCUCAUCUUCCACAAACCUGCUGCAUGGCCCACAGAAACUAAUUUUCCAUGUGCAAACCAAAGCAAAAAAAAAAAACAAAAAAGCAUGUGGGCUGUCACCACUUUUGCAGGUGCUCCCCCAGAAGAAGUGGUAACUCUGCUCUCUGAAUUUCCCCAAAACUGAAGCACAAUUGGAGCACCCAUGGGGUUGUGAAUGACUCACAUUUACAACUAGAGCUACAUUUCUUCAUUCUAGAACUGGUUUAUCCAUUACAUUUUAAUAAGAUAUAUUACAGUCCUGGCAUAUUUGUUAUUUUCUACUCAUUUGAGACAUACUCAAGAGGCAAGACUGAUCAUAGGAAAUAAAUAAAUGCUCAAAUAAGCCAAUACAUAGGAUAAGUAAUAUAGAGGUUUUUUUUCAAAAAGAGAUUUAUGAAGCAACAGCUUGUAUUCUUACUAAAUUUCUUUGGUUAUAAACAACUUAAAAGCUGUGACAGAGUAACAACCUCACCAUGGAAGUGAGCCAUCUUGGACUCUAGAAAGAACAUAGAUAAAAUUACUACAAACAUAAAAAUACAUGCAUGCAAAAAUACUACUAAAAAUACAGUCAGCAAAAAAAUGGGGGGUGAGGGAGGGGGGGAAUCAAAGAGCCUCUCUCGAAGGUCUCAGAGCUCUCUAAAGCACACACUGUGCUCAAUCACCUCCUUGCACCACAACAAGCGUGUUUGGGAGUGUCCCCAGCUGUUACUGGCAGAGGUAGACUACUCAAACAAAAAGGUAUGACAUGAGAAGUUAAAAUAAAAUGGUCUAUAGAAAAAUCAACCCCAUUCCCACUGUCUAGGUGGUCCAUCCCUGAUGAGAAAUUGAGUAUGAACUACUGCAUCGUUCUCUUUCUUCAGUAUCUUCCAGCAUGCAUGGUUAAAGGAAGAGUCUUAUCAGCGUCCAUGUUCCACGAAUUUUCACAGAAUCAUAGAAUCAUUUAGGUUGGAACAGACUUCUAAGAUCAUCGAAUCCAACUGAAGCCAGCACUGCUAAGUAUACCACUAAACCAUAUACCUAAGUGCCACAUCCACACAUCUUUUAAAUACCUCCAGGGUUGGUGACUCCACCGCUUCCCUGAGUUGCCUGUUCUAGUGCUUGACAACCCUUUAGGUGAAGAAGUUUUUCAUAAUAUGCAAUCUAAACCUUCCUUCAUGCAACUUUUGUGGCUGUUUGUUUCCUCUUGUCCUGUCACUUGUUACUUGAGAGAAUAGACUGACACCCACUUACCACAACCUCCUUUCAGGUAGUUGUAGAGAGCAGUAGGUCACCCUGAAGCCUCCAUUCUUCCAGGCUAAACAUCCACAGUUCCCUCAGCCACUCCUCUUCAGAGGAGUACUCCAGACCCGACACCAGCUUCACUUUCCUUUUCUGGACUCCAGCACCUUUCCAGCACCUCAGUGUGUUUCUUGCAGUGAGGGGGUCUAGAACUGGACACAGCACUUGAGGUGUGGCCUCACCAGUGCCAAAUACAGGGAACAGUCGCUUCCCUGGUCUUGCUGGCCACACUGUUGCUGAUACAAACCAGGAUGCCCUUUGUCUUCUUGGCCACUUGGGCACACUGCUGACUCAUGUUCAGCCAGAUGUCAGCCAGUACCCCCCAGGUCCUUUUCCACCAGGCAGCUUUCCAGCCAUUUUUCCCCCUAGCCUGUUAGCAUUGCAUGAGGUUGUGUCCCAAGUAUCUGGCAGUUCAAACCUCAUACCACGGGCCUCGACCACUGAUCCAGCCUGUUCGAUACCCCUGCAGAUCCUUCCUACUCUCCAGCAGAUCAAUACUCCUGCCCAACUUGGUGUCAUCUGUGAACUUACUGAGGGUGCACUCCAUCCCCUCAUCCAGGUCAUAGUUAAAGAUAUUAAACAGGACUGGCCUUAAUACUGAGCCCUGGGGAACACCACCUGAGACCAUCUGCUAGUUGGAUACAAUGCCAUUCACCGUGACUCUCUGGGCCUUUCUGUCACUGCUAUUGAUUUAUAUUCCUCUGUGAUACACAGGAAAGCUAGAUGGCGUUGAUCUGUUGGAUUUCAGUCAGAAGGCUGGGAAUGCCAAGUCCCAGUUUCCUGUGCUUCUGAGUAGUAGUCCUAGGGUUGAUUGGCUCCAGAAGCCCCCAGAAAUUCCCAUGACACAGGUAUGCAAGGAACAAAUGUUGUGGAUACCCAAUGGCAAACACAAAACUAAAUCAUAAAAUAACCAAAAACAUCUCAUGAAGAUUGAACACGCUGGUAUGCAAGAGGAAAAGAACUUUUAAUAUGACACCUAGCAGUGGUAGUUCUGAAAACAGUUAAGCAGAAGUUGCAGAAAAAAGUCUUAUCUGAAAGUAAUUAGGUGACCUGAGCUGUGAGAAUGUGGAUUAGCAUUGAAUAUGGUAGAAGACUGGGAUACUGCAAAUUCUUAUUAUGCCCCCUUCCCUCAUCAAAUCAAAGCUGAGGACACCCUCUCUAACCACAAAAAAAAAAAAAAAAAAAAAAGACAAGCAUGAAGGUGCAGGUAGUCCUUGGUUUAGCAAAUAUGUCAAUAAACUUUUACAUGUUCAGGUAGAGUGGUGGGUGUAUGCAUUGUGGCAAGGUUGCUUUCCAUUCUGGGGGUCUGGCAAACACCUUGAUAAAUCACUUUCCAUCAUGAUAUAUAGGCCUUUAGAGAACUUCUCCCACCCUAAAUGUUGGACACAAAUUUAUCUUCUCCCAUUUCUUCGUAUUUUUGUUUACCCAAUACAACGUCCUUCCUUCAUUAUUUCAUUAGAUUAAUUUGUUCAUUUGACCAUGUCUAGGGCCUUGUCUGUGAACUCUUACCAGUAACUUUCAAGCAACCUUGGCUUGUUAAAUCAUAAAAAACAAAAACAAAAACAAAACAAAACAAAACAAAACAACAAAAAAAAAAAAAAAAAAAAAAAAAAAAAAAAAAAAAAAAACACCAAAAAAGCGCAACCUCUUGUUGAUUUAAGGUUAUAGAAAUCUGAGACAAAAUAAACCCCCCUUGCUGGCCCUCAGAGAUCUGAGGAGCUAGAUACAGCCAGGAUUUUUUUCUCAUUAUUACCAAUUCAGCACUACAAGUUUGUUCAUGUUCAAUAAGAGCUUUCAUGAUCACAGAUGCACAAAUAGUGUGAUUUACUUAUACUAUUGGUCUGGCUGAGCUCAGUAAGAACUUGCGCAUUCCAGAUAUAUGAAUAGUGUAGUUUAUUGAAGCAAAAAGAGAGCAGAUCUAGAAUUGCUGGUGAUAAUUACCCUAACUGCAGCGUGUGAAUAUGUGUUAGGACAGAGGGUAUAUAACAAAGGUCUAUUCGAUAAAUAGAUGGAUUAAAAUAUUCCUGAAUCUGCUCCAAUGCAGUUAGAGGCACAAAAUCUCACCUAAAGGUAUCCCUUCGGUGGAGGAGGUGAGACACAGUCCUUUGACUGACCCCAAGCAAGCAGACAUGUUUUUCUCCUUCUCAUUUCUUUCUUUUUCUUUUCUCUUGUCUUUGUUGUGAAAACCCCCCUUCUUUUAUACAAUAAUUUUGGCCCUUCUCAAAGAGGUGGAUUAAUGUCUGUCAUAAGUAGGCUGUUGGUGAAUGUGGUCAUACAUGUAAGACAUGUUCUCUUUUCAUUUGUAUUCUAAGGGAUGUGAAAGUUAAUAUGCAAAUAGGAAUUAUAAAGAGCCUUGGUUUCUUUCGGUCAGAAUUUGUAGUUCAUAGAAAAGGUAGAAUAAUCGAUUUGAUCUUCUUCCACCCACUAAGGCAGCAGUAAAGGCUGCCUGACCCUGACCAGAGCAUCUUUGUGCUCAUCCUGAUCUCCCUAAAGGACCAGAUUUACAACAAACCUUGUUAUGCAAGGUAAAGUGGGAGUGAGGCCUACGGCUGGUGUGGGUUCUCCUCUGUGCUUCCCUGAAACAUCAGGAUGUGAGGACUCCCCUUCACUCUGGACAAGCCAGGUGCAGGAUCAGUGAGAGGCCCUGUUCAUAAUUUUCUCAACCAGCAUCAUCAAUUUGACACUGACUUAAACAACUCUGUAGCAAGUCUGACAAUUUACCACACCUCUCUUUUCCUGUUGCCCUCCAAGAAAGGAACCUGUUGGCAUACUCUUGGCAUACAGUAACAAUCAUUUUGUGUCUGCUCAGAACAUUUUUCAUCAGAAAAUACAAUUUAAUCAAAAGGGAUGCCUGGCUGCAGGAAGAUCUUGGUUUCAAUGACAUUUUAUAACUGAGAAAAUAAAAAGUGAAACCCUUUCACAACCACAGAAUAUUUCAGACUGACCUUUUUGAGAGGCCAUACAGGAUAUUGUCUUUCGAAAUUGUCUUUAAAAUAUUUGACACUGAUUCAGCUGCAGUCCAGCUGGCAAGAGCACAUCUUCAAUUUUUUUUUUUUACUGAAUUUGUAAUUAGAUCAAAACUGAUAUUGUUAAAAAUACUUUGGCUUUUUGAGGGAACUGUCAAAGUGCAAUAUUUUUCUGUUUUGAGCUAGAAAGAACUGUUCAGAUUGCAAUAUUACUUAUCAUAUAGGAGGUCUGGUUCACAGAACUUUUUAUACUUCAUUUUUUGGUAGAGAAAUUCUCUAUGGUCCUGUGAAGAACAACUGUCCUAAGCCCUCUGCAUUGAGUAACCUAUCCUUGAAAGCACAUACUCUGCCACUGUCCUAAAUACUUCCCAAGUUUGAAAGGGAAGACCUAACCCUGACAGCAGGGGUCUGAGAGUGAUCUGUGUGGGAAAAAGGAGGCUCUAAGCUGAAUCCUUUGGUUAUGUCUUUCUUCUCUAUUCUUCUCUUUCCCUGUUCUCCUUUCACAGAGGCUACUUCCACACAUUUAGAGCAAAAAACAGAAACUCAGAGAAAAAAAGACUUCAUUGCUGGCAGAUGGGACAUGUGCUGGACAGAGCUGGGACCUCAUGGCAGGGAGGACACUCUGGAGCUGCUCCACAGUGAUGCCCUCAGGAGAGAAGCUGCAGGCACCAAGACACACACUCCCACUGUGCAGCCCAUGCUGCACAAGCCUUUGGUUCCCAUCCAGUCCUUACAUCCAACUUCUUUUGAAGGUUAGACACCAUGCCCUCAGCUGAUCCAGCUCUGGAACAGGCAGUGGCCUUUUUUCUGCCUUUGGGAUCUCACCAUACCCUAAACUGUAAACUUUUACAAAGAGUUGCUAAGCUCUCGUGUUUCUCAGGUGCUCGUACAUCAUCCUUAGAGCUGAAUUGAAGAUGGAUACAGAGCCUGUAUCUCUAGGACCUGCUGCAGCAGAACAUUGGACUUAUUCAGGGACUAUGGAGGCAGGAGGCUUAGUCCGUUCUGACUCCUGAGUAGUUAAUAGAAAGAAAUCAGUGCCUCCAGAGGGAAAUUCAGAGCAAGAGAUUAAUGCUUGGAAUUACUCUGAAUUACAUGUUGGCUGUGAUUCUCUGAUGGCUAGAGAGGAAGCCUUGGGAGAAAAGUCUGCAGCACCAUCAAGAUACUUCCUUUCAUUUCUUGUGACCCAUGCUGUCUUUCCUGAGUCCCAUGCCCAGGUGCAUUUUCAAAUUGCUUUUGACGCCUGGGUCUUCCUAUUCCAGACAUUUCUGCAGCUCAAAGUUGUCUAUGCAACAUUGCAGUUACCUGGAGAUUAGUGGGAGGAACUGGUUAGGAACCCAUUCCCAAAUUCCCACACCAAAGUGCCACUGGUACUUUGAGGGAGUGUAGUGAAGUGCCAUUAUCACUUAUUAUCUUCAAGCAAUUGUCAGCUGGGAGACAGCUUAGGAAUAUUCCUUGGCUGAAGGCACUCUGUGGGUGCUGCUGUACUGAGCCUUUAUUUAGUUCUGCAUCAAAACAUAAUAAGAGGCAUGAGCAUUUGGUAGGGACUCAGGGCAGGGUAUGACAUGUCAAAGUGGAGUAUAUUCUCAGAACUGAGUUGCAGGCUGAUAACUGUGACCCAGAGCAUCUUUUAAGAUUGCAUUAUUGUUUUCUUUGGCAGGAGAGUUCUCUUAAUAAACUAUUUCCUGUUAUUUUCAUUUCACCCCAGCACAAAUUAGCUUUUCCUUUUUCCUCCUUGUCUUUCCUCACCACAGACUCUGUUGGACAACUAAUUCAUCUGGAAUUUGCCAUUUGCUAAAUGAUCUAAUUAGAGUUAGUUACUAAUAAUUUGUAUUACCACAACUCUGUUGUUAGAGGCACCAUGGGAAUAUAAUUUAAUUACAGCGUACUAUCAGAUGCAUAAAUUAAAAUGUUCACAUUUGAAUAAAAACCCAUUUUCUACUUUCAGUUGUAUGAUAUGCCAAGCUUGGAGGUGAAAAAAGCUGUUUCUCCAGGCUGUUGUGCAGUGAGAGAUGGUAAACUGUCCCAAAUCAGGUGGAGGGGCUCACAGUUGAAAGCAUAGGGCUAACAGUUCCCAGGUGUAGUUACCUUUAAGAAGAAUUUUUUUGGAAGGAUUUUUGACAAGAGAAGCUGUGAUUGGACACCAUUUAAGUUGUACAGUGUCUAGCAUCAAAUAGUUUAACUACAUGGUCUAUGAAGAACCACCUCUUUGUGUCAACUGUGGUGUAAACAACAGCUGGGCCUUUUGCUACAAGUAGAAAUGUAAGCCAGUCCCUUCAUGGCCUCUCAUAUGUCAAAAAGCAACAAGCCUCAAGGAAGCUAAAUUUUCUCAUGUGCUUUUAAGCUGGAACACUUCAGCAGGGAGAGGAGAAAACAUGAAAAAAGUCAGGGGUCUGUGCCUUAUCAAUUGAUAUACAAAAGCCUACUGGGUUUCUCCAGCCUGAUGAUCUCCUCCAUCAUCUUGUACAGUAAGAGUACCUCUUACAGUCCUUACUACAGUAACACAACACUAAACACACAAACUCAAAUCCCUUGUGAAGAAAAAUAAGGACGCAGGAAGAUAAAUGUUCUGUUUUGAAAGAAAUUCCUUUUUGAUCUUCUAUCAUCCAGUGGAUGAAAACAAAGGGGGAAAAAUUCAUAUCGGACACAACAUUUGGUUUCAACUAUGAGCUGGAAAUUGUAUUGUCUGUUUUGGUAUGUCUUACUGUGAAAGAAGAUUUUUAAAUUAAAACUGGCUUCCAACUCCUCUAGAAA